UCGUUUCUGUCCACGUUGGAAGUUCCAGAAUCUUUCGUGGCCUUCCGCGGACACUCCAGACCUCCAUUUUCUCCACGUCAUCCACCUCGAAAUAAUCUAAUAUCUUCUCGUUCACGUCGAUAUCUGUCUCACUUUAGCUUCUUCGUAGUUUUCCGACCAGUCAAGCUUCUCGGCAACUCCUGGAGAGAGAGAGAAAAAAAAAAAAAAAAAAAGAAGAAAGAAAAGAAAAUUAAAGGAAGAAGAAGAAACGAAUAAAGCUCUCUUAAUAACUAAAUCGAUCUGAAAACAAUGGCGUAUUGUUUCUGCUAAGUGUCAAAGUUUGAGUCUGAUCUCGCAGUUUGUUGCAGUCUUUCAGCAAGAUCAAGCUCAACGGAGGUUUCUUUGUUAUUUAUCAAUCAAUGGAGCUUUAGAGGUGUUUCGGCCUUAGGGUAUGAGAUUAAAUUGUUGAUCUUAUGAUUGUGGAGGGUGAUUGAUCUUAUGAUUGUGGAGGGUGAUUUCUUGUGGGCAACGGAAUGUGCAAGUUCUCUAGUGUGGUGAAGGAGGGUUUUUCUCUCAUCGGUCUUUUUGAAUCUGGUUGAUGGGGAGUGUUCCUCUUAACAACGGUGGUAGUGGAACCAAAGGGUUGGCGGAACUAAAUUACCAUGUGCAUGAAGAGCCCAAGGAAAUUAGGGACGGAGUUGUGGGUGAGGGACAGGGUCUCUCAGAAGAAGACGAGUCAAGAGUUAACGACGUUGCUGAGGAUGAAGGACAUGAAGGGCCCAUCCAGGCUUCAGCUGUUGUGCGGCAACAGCAACAACAGCCUCAAGGCCCAGUGGUUUGUUGGGAGAGCUUUCUACCUCGUAGGUCACUGAAGGUUCUGCUGGUGGAAAAUGAUGAUUCAACGCGCCAUGUGGUCAGUGCACUGCUUCGUAAUUGCAGUUAUGAAGUUACGACUGCUUCAAAUGGUUUACAAGCAUGGAAAAUACUACAAGAUCUGGCCAAUCAUAUUGAUCUUGUGCUAACUGAGGUAGUCAUGCCUUGUUUAUCGGGCAUUGGUCUUCUAUGCAAGAUAAUGAGCCACAAAACCUGCAAGAAUAUUCCUGUGAUUAGUUUGUAUGCAGUGAUGUCAUCUCAUGAUUCUAUGGGUAUAGUCUUUAAAUGUUUGUCAAAGGGUGCAGUUGACUUUUUAGUGAAGCCUAUUCGAAAGAAUGAGCUUAAAAACCUUUGGCAACAUGUUUGGAGGAGAUGCCACAGUUCUAGUGGUAGUGGAAGUGAAAGUGGUAUACAGGCUCAAAAAUCUGCCAAGUCAAAAAGUGUUGAAGAAUCUGACAAUAAUACUAGCAGCAAUGAUGAAGAUGAUAAUGGGAGCAUUGGUUUAAAUGUUAGGGAUGGAAGUGACAAUGGAAGUGGCACUCAGAGCUCCUGGACAAAACGCGCAGUAGAAGUUGACAGUCCACAACCUAUGUCACCAUGGGACCAAAUAACCGAUCCUCCUGAUAGCACCUGUGCCCAGGUUAUUCAUCCAAAGACCGAAGCAUUAGGCAAUGAAUGGGUUCCUGUGACUGCAGCAAGAAAAUGCAAAGAACAAGGUGAGAAGCUUGACGGUGUUGCAAUGGGCAAAGAUUUGGAGAUUGGAGUACCUAGAAAUUCAGGUUUACAACUUGAAUUUCCAAGUGAGAAAAUCUCUACCAAUUUUUCCCACACAAAGCAGGAAACAUUGCCUGAACUAGAGCGCAAGGAAGAUAAUGAGGAAAUAGAUAAUGGACUACUACAACUGAACAAGGAGAAGCCAGUAGGUGACAUGAGGGCCCAAGCUGCUGAAUUAAUAGCUACGGUUGCCAACAGUACCAAUCAUAAGGUGGAAACAGGAAUUUCAGAAGUUCCCAAUGCCCUUUCCAAGAUCCCAGAUGUCAGAGAUAAGACUGUAGCUGACAGGGAAGAACUACCAUCCCUUGAACUGAGUUUAAAGAGAUUGAGACGAGUUGGAGAUGUUGGGAGUGCCACUUUUGAUGAAUGCAAUGUUUUGAGACAUUCAGACCUUUCCGCCUUCUCAAGGUACAAUACUGCUUCAACUAUAAAUCAGGCUCCCACUGGAAACAUAGGAAGCUGCUCUCCUCUUGGUAAUAGUUCUGAAGCACUGAAGACAGAGUCAAUGCACAAUUUUCUCUCCCAUUCAAAUGGAACACCUCCAAAUCAACAAUCCAGUAGUAACAACGAUGACAUGGGAUCCACGACUAAAAAUGCUUUCACCAAGCCAGCACUUCUCAAUGAUAAGUGUGCAUCCAUUCCUUCAGCCAAGUCUCUGCACCCUUCUGCCUUCCAACCUGUGCAGAAUGGUCGCAUUUGUCCACCGCAGCAAGUCAUACCCAAGAAGGCUAAUGAUGGAGCAGCUGCCAUAGUCCAGGCACAACCAAAAGGAUCAAAUAAACAAGUUAAAGUCCAGCAUCACCAUUACCACUACCAUCACCAUCACCACCAUCACCACAAUCCGCAGCAACAAUCACCACCACCAGAUCACGAAGAUUUUUCAUUGAAAAAUGUAGCAGCAGCUGCUCCACAGUGCGGGUCAUCCAAUGUGUUUGGUGGGCUUAUGGAAGGUAAUACGGGUAACUGUAGCCUGAAUGGUAGUACCUCGGGAAGUAACUAUGGGAGCAAUGGCCAGAAUGGAAGUAGCACUGCCAUGAACACUGGAGGAAUGAACAUGGAAAGCGACAAUGGGAUAACUGGAAGAAGUGGAGCUGGUGAUGGUAGUGGGAGUGGAGGUGGGAGCGGAGUAGAUCAAAACAGAUCUGCACAAAGAGUUGCUGUAUUGACCAAGUUCCGUCAGAAGAGGAAAGAGAGAUGCUUUGAGAAGAAGGUCCGCUACCAAAGCAGGAAAAAACUGGCGGAGCAGCGACCUCGUGUUCGUGGACAAUUUGUACGGCAAGCAAUGCCUGAACAGACCAGCCAUGAUGCUGAUAGAUGACCUACCCUUGUGCCCUGGUAGUGCAUGUGGAGUUAUGUCCAUGAGAUUAGCCUAGCAGCAUAUGUAGGGGGGAAACAAUUUAAGAGCUUGUGCUAGGACUUUCGAGCAAAGGGGAACAAGUUGAUGGGAUAUUUUGUGAUUAAAGAUCAGACCAUUGACAUUAUAACUCUUAAGACACCUUGGACUUUACUUUAUGGUUGUGGACUUUGAUGACUGCCAGUACAGAGAAGGUAGUCACUCUUCAAAUGGGUAGUGUUCAUCCUGUAAGAAUAGUAUAAGUUGUCAUUCCUUUUGUUGCUGGUGGUUGUGUUUGGACAUGUUUUUUGGCUGUUUCCUAAAGUGCUUUCUUUCCCUAA